GUGUCAGCUGACAGAAUUCAAACUGGGCGGCGGGUAGCUGAAGGUGAGACUGAAAAAAACACAGCAGAGCUUCAUUGUGCAGAGUUCGAGCAGAAGCGAGAGGAAAGAUGACGAGCACGUUGAAAGGCAUCACUCUGAAGGGCAGCGCCGAGCUGGUGGCCGAGUUCUUCUCUUUUGGCAUCAACAGCAUCCUGUACCAGCGAGGCAUCUAUCCCGCCGAGACAUUCACCAGAGUCACCCAUUACGACAUGAGCCUUCAGCUCACCACUGACUCCAAACUGAAGGACUACCUGACCAACGUGGUGUCUCAGCUCAAAGACUGGCUGUUUGAGUGCACGGUGCAGAAGCUGGUGUUGGUGAUCACGUGCCUGGAAACCAACGAGGUGCUGGAGAGAUGGCAGUUUGACAUCGAGUGUGACAAGUCAGCCAAGGAGAGCAGUGCUCCCAGAGAGAAGUCCAUUAAGACCAUUCAUGACGAGAUCCGCUCCAUCAUCAGACAAGUAACAGCCACCGUUUCUUUCUUGCCGCUAUUGGAGACGCCAUGUUCCUUUGACCUCCUGGUCUACACGGACAAAGACCUGGUGGUGCCGGACAUGUGGGAGGAGUCGGGGCCUCAAAUAAUCGACCAAUCGGAAGAAGUGCGCUUGCGUUCCUUCACCACCUCCAUCCACAAAGUGAACAGCAUGGUGGCUUACAAGAGGAGCGAGGCCGUUUAAACGUCAGCCAUGAAGCUGUGUGAAGCACCAACCAGUGUCCUUUAUAGAAAACUGUAGAUUCUUUUUUUACAUUGCCCUUUCCUAUCUCACUGUCGUCUCCUGCUUCCUCUCUCGGAACUUCACCUCGUCUCCUUCGUGUCAGGAACGUGAAGACGAGCUCCUCAGUCUAUUCUGAUGUAAAUAUUACCAUAAAAGUGGUUUGUCUGAUUUUUUCCAAUGUUGUUUCCUCUUACUCUCAACUUGUCAAGCUAUAUUUUAGAAGCUAGUGGUUUGUAUGUACAACUUUUAUAACAUGUAAUAAAAAAUUCAUAUGA